UUUGUUUAAUUCGAGAAUAUUCAACGGGAAAGAAAAGAGCUUAGCGCAGGACAAUACGGAAAAACGACAAUUUUGUUUUUACACGAAUACAAGUCAAAGUAAAUAAAAAACAGAUUAAUUUGCAAUGGAACAUCAAGAGAAAAAUGAUGUGCAGCCAAUACGCAAGGAGAUCAUAAAUCCUGGCAACAAAUAUAUUGAACUGAUACCUGGUACAAGGGUGAAAUUUCAUUUUCAGACGCGACGAGCUAAGGAUUCGCGCCUGGUGGACGAUAGCCGAGUCCUGAACAAACCCAUGGAACUAGUCCUGGGCAAGAAAUUCAAACUGGAGGUCUGGGAGGUGAUUGUGCAGAAAAUGUCCUUGAAUGAGGUGGCUAAGUUUACAGUGCACAAAACGCUGUGUGCCCAAUAUCCGUUCAUAUCGAAAACCCUGCGGGACAUUGGCAAAAAGCCCGAAGAGCGUCGUCACUGCUGUGGCAUGACCCUACAAAACGAGGGUAUGGGCUACGAGGAUUUGGAUGAUCUGCUGCAGCAUCCUUGUGAUCUGGAAUUCACUCUCGAGCUAACGUCCAUUGAAUUGCCCGAAGAGUAUGAGAAGGAACGCUGGCAGAUGUCCGAUGAUGAGAAAAUGUUAGCCACCAAUACGCUGCGGGAGCGUGGUAACAAAUUGUACAAGGCCAAUCUAAUAUCCGAAGCGGAGACCUGCUAUCGCGAGGCAGUCGGCAUGAUUGAACAACUGAUGCUAAAGGAGAAGCCCCAUGAUGCCGAAUGGCAGGAAUUGGCCAGCAUUAAGGCACCAUUGCUCCUCAACUAUGCCCAAUGUCGACUAUUGGCUGGUGACUUCUAUGCCGUCAUCGAGCAUUGCAAUGAGGUUCUUGCCCUCGAUCCACGCAAUGUAAAGGCAUUGUUCCGCAGGGCAAAGGCACAUGCCGGCGCUUGGAAUCCUACACUGGCCAAACGCGAUUUUAUGGAUGCCUUGGCUUUAGAUGCUAGCCUUAAGGCGACAGUGGCCAAGGAAUUGAAAACAUUGGAUGACCAACAGCACGAGCGCAACGUAGAGGACCGACUGCAUAUGCAGAAAUUGUUCUAGAAUAUAAGUUGUGCCAAUUUCCUGUUACUGCUUCUGGUCUAUUGGAAUGGCUAUGAGCAGAAGCGUUAACAAUUAGCCGAUCCCUUGGUCUUACGUUUACUGGCGCGACACAGUUUCAUUGUCUCGCUGGCUGAGAUUGGGGCCAAGGGAUUUGUUUGUGUCUGCUGCUUAUUGAAUUUACUUCUUUGCCUUUGGACACUCUACAAGACGUGUAGAAUUAUUUUCUGCUGCUGCAAAAGACGUCUAACGAAACCGAUGACCACAACGACAGCGCGGAAGGGAGGGCAACAGCGAGGCAGUAACCAAAACAAAGUCGGUGGAGUAGGUCGAGGGAAAUUUAAGCUUAAAACACAAAAGUAAUUACUUCUGUUUUGUUGCAUUUCUCUUAAAAAGAUGUUAAAGCUUUAGCUACCCAAAUUGAAAAUCCAAGAAUCGUCUGAAUGCGGCACUUUAUCUAUCGAAGAUGGCACUCUGCUUCUUAUUAUCUAUGUUUUUAGCUACCCCGACUAGGUAGAAGCCUCUACCGGUAUUAUGUGUAAUUAGUGGAAAAUUUCGCGGCAAACUUUGCGUGAA